AUGAAUGUAUUUCAAUUCUGUAAAAGUAUUAACUUACAGGAAAAUCAAAACUCUUCGGAUACCGUGACAAACAGCUUAGGACAAGCCUUUACAUUACCAAAAAUUGGAAAAUAUGUUUUUCGAGAACUUUGCAGAUUGAUUCGAGAGUUCAAUAACUGCAUAUAUGAGUCACGACAGCAAUGCCCUAAGCAUAUUACGAUCAGCCUUAUUGAUGCUUCAUAUGGAUUUUUGUGCAGCGAGGGAUAUGAAACUUUCAUGGCAAGCGCAGAUUGUCUGAUAGAUUUGGAUGGACGAUUUCCGCUGAAACAGUGCCACGAAAUCACUUUGAAGAAUAUCGAGGCAGCUAAUGCUCACUCAGGCAUUACGAUUCCGACUCGUUUUAUAAAGAUGUGCCAGGCGAUGGAUUAUUUUUACAAUUGUGUUGAAAAACCUAUCGCAGAAAGUUGUGGAAUUGCUGCAUGGAAGAUGAUUAUUCGUGUUCUACACGACACUACCAAGACCUUACUGCCAGGAUGUCAAUUCACCGUAGAACCCAAUCUUUCGUUUCCGUUACAAUCUCAUCCAUUUGCAUCAUUUCCCACAGCUUCUGAAUUACCCUACAGAAUCACUACAGCUACUGCUGCAUAUACCAUCGAUAAUCAUUUAUUCGUCAUGAAUAAUGUAAAACUUUUGUCUCAGGAAAUAUCAAACAGUAAAGCAGAAAUAAUUCGGUCCAAUGAUGAUGAAAAAGAUAUAAUCAAGCAAUCUCAUUUUGAACGGAAUGAUGAGGAGAAUUUGAGGUUUGUCGUAUCAGCUGAUGAUAAUGCCAACCCAACUACAGACAUGGCAAAUGAGCAGGGUCAUAGGUCAGAAAUUGGCAUCAGUAGGCAUGUUUUCAUCGAUAAGGAUACUGACAUCAGCUACUACGAUAGCGGUAGCAGUAACAGUUUCAUGGAAGAUAAUUCAGCCAAUGAUUCAUAUUCUUACCUAUCUAUUUUAGAAUGUGUUUCACUGCUUGAACUUUGUGAAGAAUAG